AUUCCAGACAGUGACGAUAGCGACGCAGAGGGAGGUCUCGGUAACGUAAGUAGAUUGAUAAUCCGACCCCCCGGACACAGCGGCAAAGCUAAGAAGGGUCACCUGUGCUUUGACGCGGCAUUUGAAACUGGAAACCUCGGUCGAGUGGAUUUAGUCUCCGAAUACGAGUACGAUCUCUUCAUCCGGCCGGACACAUGCAGCCCUCGGCUCCGUCUGUGGUUCAACUUCACCGUGGACAACGUUAGAACAGAUCAAAGAGUCAUCUUCAACAUUGUCAACGUAUCCAAGAGUAAAAAUUUGUUCAGAGAGGGAAUGACACCGCUCGUCAAGAGCACCAGCAAGCCCAAGUGGCAGAGAAUACCCCGGAAACACGUGUUCUACUACCGAUCAGCGCAGCACCAGAACCAUCACGUUCUCACAUUUGCCUUUAAUUUCGAUCGCGAAGACGAUGUUUAUCAAUUCGCUUUGACCUAUCCCUACUCCUACACUCGUUAUCAGGGGCAUUUGGACAAUUUGUGCACGAAAUGUACGUCAGUGAAGCGUGAAACUCUAGCUUCAUCAGUCCAGAAGAGGAAAGUGGAGCUGGUGACAAUUGGAUCGAAUAUUGAGGAACGUCCCCGAAGGGUUGUUGCUGUUCUUAGCAGAGUCCACCCCGGGGAAUCCCCCUCGUCAUUCGUCUGUCAAGGGCUCAUGGACUUUCUCGUCAGUGGACAUCCGAUAGCUCAAGUCCUCCGGGAUUACGUUGUUUUUAAAAUCAUUCCCAUGCUCAAUCCGGACGGUGUCUUCCUAGGAAACUACAGAUCCACUCUGAUGGGAGUCGACUUGAAUCGUGCAUGGAAUAGGAUCUCUGAUUGGAUUCACCCGACGUUAUCUGCAGCUAAAACCCUCUUGGAGUCGUUGGAUAAAAAUACGAAUAUUCCUUUGGACUGUGUAUUGGAUCUUCAUGCUCACACCAAUGCUACGGGAUUAUUCGUCUAUGGGAAUACUUAUGAUGAUGUAUACAGGUACGAACGACACAUAGUCCUUCCGAAACUAUUGGCACAACACGCUGAAGACUACGAGUCAGGGAACACCAUGUACAAUCAGGAUCCCCAUAAAAUGGGCACUGCCAGGCGGUAUUUAUGCUCAAUAUUGAGUGAACACGUCAAUUGUUACACUAUUCAGGUGUCCAUGUACGGAUAUUGCCGGAGAGGAGCUCCUGAGCUAUUGCCCUAUACUGAGGAGAGCUAUUAUCGAGUGGGGCGUAACCUGGCCCGUGUUCUCAUGGAAUACUACAAACUCACGGGAUUAAUACCUUCGGGAUUACCCGAUCAACCGUCAAACAAACGCGGGCGUCAGUCAAGGCAGAGGCAUCGGCAACCCCGGGAUCCACGACCCCGGACAGCCAGGACGCCUGCGCCCCUGCAUCUUGCCAGUAUUCACGAAUAUUUCACGGAGGACGCCCCGGAGUUGCCGACGGGUUCCCGUCACCGUUCAAUGAGCGGUACCCGAACAAACGCAGGUCCAGGAACAGCCAGUGUCUUCGGCACCGGAAGUGAAAAAUACCCGAGCUACAGAUACCGAAGUCCGGGUGCCCCAACGAAACCAGCAAGCACUGUGAUAACAACGGAUCAGGAGCCUCGUCUCUCUAUUAUCGAUUUUAAUCAGCUGACACGUGGUGGUCUCGACCUGGCCACAGGAAAAAACCGGGCGAAAGUUCCUCGCAGGUCACCGGACCGCUACCCCAUCAAAUUCCGAAGAUAA